AUGUACGAGACCAAACCAAUGUCAUCCCCUGACCGCGAAGCUGCGUCACCGGAGUCUUCCAACGAAGAGCAGCAAGGCACAGUCAGACCCGUAACACGAACGAAUGCUUCAUCUUUUGCUGCCCCGACCAGAGCAUCUGAAGCGAAGAAGAACGAGAAGAUUGAACUUGCUCAGUAUGGGAAGAGGGGGGCGUCGACGAGAGAAGCUUCUUCUAGGCCGGGUAGUGCGAUGCGGCAGCAUUCGUCUCCUGGGUUUGGUAGUAGACCGCAGAGUCGUCAGCGGUGGGGGGCUGGUACGUCGACGCAGGAUAGUAACGGUGGUGAGGUAGACGAUGAGGCCGUGGAUGAGGACGAGGCAGACGAUGAAGUUCAUGAUGAGGAUGAGGUAGAUGAAGACGAGGCACACGUCGAUGAUGACGACUCUAGUCGAUUUGAUAGCGAUGUGGAAGAUGAUGGAAGCGCAAAGGAAGAAGGAGAAGAAGCAGCGUCUAUGCUGGAAAAGAAGGAGCUGGAAGAAAAGCCGCUAGAGAAGGAGGAUCUAGAGGAAAAUAAGCUAAAAGAGGAAGAGCUAAGAAAGCAAGCACAAGAGCAUGUAUCAGAGCCUGAAGAAGCGCUGACCAUACAGGAAGAGGAGCAGUCGUAUGACUUAGAAGAUCUGUUGGCCCAGGAAGAGCCACAGGUGCAUCACGUUGAGGAUUCCAGUCCUGAUGUUCACAAAUCACAACAGCGGGAAUCGCCUUUGACGCAAGAUAACACGGUUGCAGUGCCACGAGAGGAUCAUGUCGAGGAUGCGGAAAGCCAAGCUGCGGCACCUCAAGAUCAGAUUGAGAGCGUAUCGCCGCAUGGCGAUGAGGAAAAACCUAUCGUUCCGCCCGAGAUCGUUGCAGAGAUACAAGAGCUCCAGAUUAAACGUCAAAAAGUGGAGGAAGAGCGCGACGAGGCGAUGAGACAGCGUGAAACCGUAUUACAAGAGUUGCAAACCGUCAAAGAAGAAGCUACGAGUCUGAAGCAAGAGUACGAAAAGCUAUCUGUCCAGCUUCGUGAGAGCGAAGCCAAGAUUGCAGCGCGCAACGCACGCGAACCUGGUUUACCUCCUCUUGAAGAAGUCGAAGCCGAGAACAAGAAGCUUCGAGCAUCGGUUGAGCGGACGCGGUUGGAACUCGAGGCAAAGAAAACAGAGGCAGAAGAUGCGACCAAUGCCUGCAAGUCAUUUGAUGAUUCACUGAGGGAAGUAGAUGAAAAGCUGAAGAAUAACCAGGAGUCUAUCCGCACACUCUGCGAAGUUGUCAACCAAGUGGCCGAAAACUUGCCAAUGAUCUCAAAAUGCGAGACCAAAGAGCUCGACGCUGUAUUCCUGAGUCUUUCGCAAGAUGAUGAGACUGGUAAACUGCGAGGUGAGUUUUUGAGAUUGAUCAAGAACUUCAAUGGAGACUUUAAAGAGUUGCGGGAGCAGAUCGAAGACUUGAAACGUGAGGUAGCAGAGAAAGAAUACGAGAUUAAUAGUUUGGGAAAGACCAUCGAAAUCGAGAGGAAGGGGUUGUUGAGCCCCGGUCUACCAAGUCCGCAUCCCAUGCAAACCGGUAAAAAUGAAUGGGAACAGUACUACGAACGGGAAAAAAAGAAGCGCCGUGAUGCAGAAAUGGAGCUCACCAAAGCGAAGAAAUUGCUGUCACAACUCCAACCCGAGAAUGAGAAACUACAGUUAGACCUUACCAAAGCGGAAGGAGAGCUCGCAGAGCUCCGCCCCAAGAACGACCAGUUGAAACUGGAGGCCAAGACCUGGAAAGAAGAACUAGAAGAAAACAAGGCACAAUUCGAACAACGCAGUCUCGCAUUUGAAGCUAACAUCUCUGAGCAACAGCUGGAACAGUUCCGAUACAUCCGAGACUACUAUCAAAAAGUCAAAGAUCACGCCCACUGGGAAGUCCAGGGCCUCCAACAAAAACUCUCGGUAGCGGAACAAGUAAGGGAGGCACUCAAACGAGACUACAAGCGAGAACAAGGCCUCAAUACGCGCUUGGAAGACGCGGUGGUUAGACUGAGGAAGAGUGUCAAAGCCCGGGAUAUCCAUAUCGGAAAGACAGAACAAGCGUUCAUGCGAGAAGCACCGUUUCCUAUACGCUCACCUAGUACCUCUGGUAGCCGCACACCAGACAGCGAUACCUCAUCGUCUACUUCACCUUCUUCGAUCUCGGACUGGACUCAUCCGCUCGAGCGCAUAAAGAGGCCUCCGCUCAUACCGCGCUGCCACCUGCCCGCCGCGAUCCAAGCGCGCGAAGCCAGACUGAAAGCCUACGAAAAAGAACUGGAAGAAGCGCGAGAGGUGGAAAUCUUCAAGGCCAGUGUCAAACCACGCGGAUCGACAGCCAGGGGUGGAACUAUUGCAACCGAUAUUAUGGAUCAAGUGCGGAAAUCCGGCAUGGGGCCUUUGUACCCGGUUGAGAAGACGGGGUGGGAGGAUUCGAGCUGGAAAAGUGCGUGGGUGCGGUGGGAUGGGGAUUACUGGGCGAGGGAGUUUGCGAAGGGGAAUCAGGUGGACUUUUUGAGGAAGGUGGGGGUCUGGCGGGAGGAUUGGGAUUAG